AUGGAAAAUGCACUCGACAUCACCGUGUUCAUCGCUGAACAAUACAGGCGUCAGCAAAAGCUCUACGGCCUCCCAGAUGAGCCCUACAACGACAAAACUCUUGCCAAGAUGCUCAACGCCGGGCCAAGAAUCCACGUAUGCGAGGGAUCACAAAGCCUCAAGGCGCUGGGCAAGCACUACAGAAUGGUUUGGUCGUGUUUUAGCGGAGACAGCAUCUGCUCGUUCCGCAGGAUGAUGAUGCACGGCCAGGAGAGACUGAUUGGACGCAUGUUCGACCAUGGUGCCCGCGAAAUCGAGAAGGGUGCGGCUUUCAUGCAUGCGGUAGAGUUCAACCAUUAUGUGGUUGUCAAGAAGAUGCUGGAGCACGGAGUGGAUCCCCGUGGUUGUCGGUACUGGAAGUUGUCGCCAAUGUAUAUAGCCAUGCAAAUGAGGCACGCCAAGAUAGUUGAGCUUCUAUCGGAGGCGGGUGCGGAUAUGGCUGUGUGCACUGGAGAUAAUACCCUGACUGCCCUGCAUGUCGCUGCUGCGUUAGGCUAUGUGGAGGGGCUAAAGAUGUUGAUUGAAAGGUUUCAGAAAAAAGGGCUGAGCCUCGAUACCCUGGACUAUCAAGGGAAGUCAGCACUGAAUAGGGCAAAAAACGAAGAGUGGGACGAGUGUAUAAAGUGCUUAGAGCAGGCGGGGGCAACGGCUAUAGGCCCCGGCCCCACUAGUCCUCUUGGCUGGACAUUUCUGGAUGAUUAA